AGAAAUCUCCAAGAUCUCUCCCUGGACCGAGUGGGUUCACACGAACCGCACAUCAGAUGGCUACUUCCAGCAGCGCUUCCGGUUCACGUGUCGCGCCGGUGUAGAGGACCGGAAGGACAUAAAGACGUCGUUCGCCAAGAGCCAGGCCGAGUACUGCUUCAACGACAAGCGCGGCUGCUAUAGACCCAAAGACCUGGCCAACACCAUCACCAGUAUAGACACGUUCUCAUCCGUGGACCGCGCGCUGAAGAAAUACUGUCGCCAGCGCCGCCGGUUGUUUAAAAAGUACUGUAAGUGUCGGACUCUGGGCGUGUUCUUGGUGUGUCAGAAGUGUGGCUUCGGAUGACUAGCGCCGAGCUACUGGGAUGUACUGCUAGACUAUCUCACAGACCUGCCCGACUACUUCUGGGAGCAGCAAGACCCAAGCCCCCAGAAGGAAAGAAAGAACAGAAGGAGGAAUACGACAAGAAGGAGGAGGACGCAUAGAAGGAGACUUUCAACCGUCAGUCAGACGAGGGGUUAAACACAGUUAAUGUGAACCCUUCCGAGACUUUCUUUGUCGAUGGGGAAAUACUUUUUUUUUUUUACCUUCCCCUCGACAACCCUCAUGUUUUGUGAGUUUGGUAACUCUUCUAUUUGAUAUUUGAGAGACGAUGUAUAUUUUUGUGCAAGAUUUUACAGAGUCAUCAAACUGACAAAAUGUGGAGGGAAAAGUGUUGAAACCUUCUACGAUAUUACCACCUCUACUCUACCCCACACAAGACACCCCACCCCCAACCCCACCCUAAACCAUCACCAUUCUACGUGAAACAACACAGUGAAACUUCCGCAGUAUUGCCAUUACUUGAAUCAAUUUCAUCAACUAUGGUUUUCAAUUCAUAGCUUGAAGCGUUCCCCCCUCACUAAACUGCUUGCUCCCUUACCUUAAAAUGAACUCAUCCACCCAUCCCCUCUCUCCCUAAGCUGCUUGCCCUUUUAUCUUAAAAUGAACAAACCCACCCCUCCCUCCCUAAACUGCUUGCCCUUAACC